AUGGCAGCUGCGGCCUCAAGAAACCUGUUGAAGCUGGGCUGCUUGGUCCUCGCUGCAUGCGCGGCGGCGGUGCUAGCGCAAGGGCCACAGUUGCCACCGCCAGGGCCGUUGCCGCCCAAUCGGCCGAACUGCUCGGUGGUGGUGACUAAACUUGCAGAUUGCAAACCAUCUCCGGCAACUCCUUCGCCUGCAUGCUGCGAGGGGGCUAAAGACAUUAAGGGACUCUUUCAGAGUGCUAAGACCACGGACGAUCGCCAGGCUAUCUGCCAGUGCCUCACUUGCCCGGCACACCAGGGCGGCCCCGCACCCCCGGGAGGCCCCGCACCCCCUGGCGGCCCCGCCCCCCCGGGCGGCCCUGCCCCCCCGGGGCUUCCGUACCCUGAUGCAGAUUAUAUCUUCGACAAAUGCAAUGUCCAGCUCCCUUUCCCACUGACCAACACCACUGACUGCAAAACGGCCGUGAAGUGA